AUGAAUUUAUAUUUAGAAUAAGCCGCUGAAGAACUUGAUUAAGCUAUUUCAGAUGCUGAUCAAUUAUUGGCAUUAACUAAGGCUACACUUCAAAAAUUUACAAAUUAUUUGAAAAGGAAAUAAUAAGAAAAAAUGGAGCGAAGAUUUCAUUUGAAUAAUAUCACUGAAGAUUCUAAUAGUAUGAAACAAUUAGAUAAAUAAUCAUAUAAUUAAAUGAAGAUUUUGGAAUAUUUUAAUAAAUUUCAUAAGGAUGUAGAUAAAUAAUUAAGAGAUUUAAAAGAGAUGAUUCCCUCUAAUCCAUAAACUUAUGUAAUUGAAGAAUUAAAUCAAUAAGAAUAAAUUAAUAAAAACAUUGAAUAAAAAGUCCCUCCAAAAUAAGUUCAACAUGAACAAAAAUAUUUUCCAUUAUUCAAAUAAACAAGAAAUACAGGUUAAUCAAUUUAAAAUUCUUUUAUAUAGAAUUAACCUAUUUUAGGAUAAAGUUAAACACAAUCUUAAUUGCAAUUAUAGCAAUUCUAAAAUUUUGGAUAAUUUUAGUCUUAAUAAAAUUAAAACACAUAAAAUAAUUAAUAAAAGGUUACAACUUAAGUUUAAAAUUCUAAUGGUAAUUAAUUGGAAUAAUAGACAGAAACAAUAAAACCAAUUUUAAAAUAGAAAUAAGAAAUAAAGGAAUCAACAAUAACAUUUGGAAGAUUAUAAAAAUUUUAAUAUUAAAAAUUAAUUUAUCCAAAAUAAAAUGAAGGAAAUUGUGUAUUUUGUAGUUUAGAAGCUAAUGAUUAAAAUUUGGGACCUCUUUUAUUAAUACCUUCAAAUAGUAAUUCUAGUGAAAAAUAUUAAUUACAUGAGAUGUGUGGAUUAUGGAGUUAAAAUUUAGUAUUUUUUAGUAAUUUAGAAUAAUGUGAUCCUAAAAAUAUUGAUGAAGAAGUUGAAAAAUCUAAGAAAACUGUAAUAUAUACUAUAUAAAUAUUUAGAAAUGUUUUUUAUGUAGUAGAUCAGGAGCUACUAUUUGUUGUGCAGUAUGUCCUUAAUCAUUUCAUUUUACCUGUCUAAUGAAGAGUUCCUAAACAGGUAAAAUAUGAAUUUUAUGAUAAGGUAAAUUGAUUGAGAAUCAAUUUAAAUUUUUUUGUGAAAAACAUAAAUAUAAGGCAAGAUUAGAAUUGUAGAAUACAAGUGAUGAAGAACAAUAACCUAAGAAAAAAAAGAAAGUGUAAUCAAAAUUAAAUACAUCAAAAUCUAUAAUUAAGAAUAGUCCCAAAAGAGGAAAAUCACCUUCAUCAUAAUAAGCUUUAUUAUAGUAAUGUUUAAAGAAAAAGGAUGAUGAUUUGAAGCGUCAAUGGAUCACAUCUGAUCUUAUUUAUUUUAAUUUACCAUAAUGGGCAUCUAUUGAGUAAAAAUUAAGUGAUCUUGAUCAAUCAUUAUUAUAGAAUAAAUUGAAUGAAGCUAAAAAUAACAUUUAAUCAGAAAUCAAAUAGGAAUAAAUCAAUUGA